AGGGGGCGGUAGUUCGUCACCAAGUCACCCGCGAAACGUCAGACAAAACCAGAGAAGAAACACUCUGAGUUGACAGAAGUGAGGAGAAGUCGCGGACUCUUCAUUUUCAGGGAGUAAAGAUGCAGACACCGGCGGAGUCCAUCAUCCACAGCGGCUAUUUCCAUCCAACGCUGCGAUACUGGCAGACCUGCGUCGCCGACUUAAGACCCGACAAUCUCAUCUACCCGGUCUUCGUCACAGACAGUGCCGAUGCUGUGGAGCCCAUUGGCAGCCUGCCGGGACAGGCCAGAUACGGGGUGAACAAGCUGGAGGGAAUGUUGCAGCCUCUUGUGGACAAUGGCUUGAAAUGUGUGCUGAUCUUUGGUGUGCCUGCAAAGAUAGAAAAGGACGACAGGGGUUCAGGCGCCGACACCGACGACACGCCCGCUGUACUGGCGGUGAAGAAGAUCCGGUCUUUGUUCCCGGAGCUGCUGGUGGCGUGCGACGUCUGCUUGUGUCCCUACACGUCCCACGGACACUGCGGUAUCCUGAACGACGACGGAACUCUGAACAAUGACGCCAGCUGUCUGCGCCUGGCAGAAGUGUCAGUGGCCUACGCUCGCGCCGGCUGUCACAUCAUCGCUCCCUCCGACAUGAUGGACGGGAGGGUCAGAGCCAUAAAACAUGCCCUCAUAUCUAACGGUAUGGGGAACAAGGCUUCAGUGCUGAGCUACAGUGCAAAGUUCGCCUCUUGCUAUUACGGCCCGUUCAGAGAUGCUGCGCAGUCCAAGCCGGCGUUUGGGGACAGACGAUGCUACCAGCUGCCACCCGGAGCCAGAGGACUCGCCCUCCGGGCCGUGGAGCGAGACGUGAGAGAAGGAGCUGACAUGCUGAUGGUGAAACCAGGUCUGCCUUAUCUGGACAUCGUGAGAGAAGUCAAGGACAAGUUCCCGACUCACCCCCUGGCGGUGUACAACGUGUCGGGGGAGUUCGCCAUGAUGUGGCACGGGGCGCAGGCCGGAGCGUUCGACCUGCGGGCCGCUGUGAUGGAGGCCAUGACCGCCUUCCGCAGGGCAGGCGCUGACAUCAUCAUCACCUAUUACACGCCUCAGCUGCUCAGCUGGCUGAAAGAAUGAGGAAGGAAGAUGUGAGGCCACAGAAACAAAGAGACGGGUCCACAGACAGACUCCCUUUAAAAAGAACAAAGCUACAGUUGACUCAGUUGAGUCACGCUGACAAAGAUAAAUCAUGUACGAAAACAUGAAACCUGUUAAGCUUUACAUCUUUAUUUUUACUUUUCCACAUAUCAGUAGUUUAUCUGUUCGACUGUGAAUAUUUUUAAACAGUUUUUUCCCCCCAAUUUGUGUUUGUUUUAAGCUUUUUAAUGAUGACAAUGUAAAAGUUGACAAUCCUGUCAGGAAAUGUCUCCUGUGUGACAAUGGGAUCAGCAUUGAAUAAAUGUCUUUUAUUAAUGGGAUGGAUGUUCGUAUGAAUCGUGGGAAUGUGAAUGUCUGAUGAGAUAUUUCUGCUUCUGGUUUCUGUUUAAUCUCUGUGACUCUUUGACCAAUAAAAUCAUUCGUUCACAGCCA